UUAAUUAUUUCUUUUCAGCUCAAAUGUAACGAAUUGUUCAACUUCCUAUUUGGAUUGAUUUGUUUAACUUUGACUCAGAUGUUGAGUAAUGCAGUGAUCGCGAAUGACCUUGACUCUGUGACAGGAGAGUUUUACCGCCUCUGUGGACAGGACCUUCCGCUGGGUCUUCAGAGUCUCUGUGGGUCUAGAUAUGCCAGUACACGGAAGAAAAGAGAUACAGCAGGUCUUCGUGGGAAAACAUUGCAGAAUUAUUUAAUUCGUAAACGCCAAACUAACGACGGCAUAGUAGAAACGUGCUGCCACUCACAGUUUGGGUGUUCUUUAGAGACUUUAUCCGACUUUUGUGAGGAUGGUUCAGUUUAUAGAGACACGUUCCUGAUCACCCACGGGCACCUGCGUGUAGUUGUCAUGGAGAGACCACCACAUAGAUCUACAACAUCAUAUACUCCAGCCACGGUGCCUGUCAGGCCUACACGGCCAAGCAUCACGAGACUGCGGGGAAGACCCAGGCAUCGAGAUCGGGUUCGGAGUCACAUGAUUCGACCCUACAUAGCAGUCACCAGGAGGCCGCACGACUUCUCUAGGAUAUUAAAUUACCUACAGCCUUUGGUUGAUCAUAGAUAUAAAUGAUAAGACGUAAAGGUGUAUCAAAUAAUCUAGUUAAGUUAAAAUAAAAUAUAUAUGUUAAAAAAUUC